AUGAGUAAGCUCAUACGAAAUCUGAGGCGGAUGAGUUUGAGUAAUUCAGAGAAUCCGAAAGAGCUUCCUGAUCUCUCUACGGCAACUAGUCUCCAAGAAUUAGAACUCGAGAGCUGGUUAAGUCUAGUGGAGUUACCCUCUUCUAUUGGGAAUGCCACCAACCUCGAGAAACUAAGUCUCAGUGGAUGCACGAGUCUCUUAAAGCUCCCUUCCUAA